AUGUCAAUACAGGUGGGUCAUCGAGUUGUCAUACCUGGAGGAGGCGAAGCGUACGUUAGAUACGUGGGGAGGGUACGUAAUAAGAGCGGCACGUUUGCUGGCGUUGAACUUAUUGGCGAGAGCGUCAGCAAAGGCAAGAACUCUGGGGAUGUGGAUGGUAUCUUUUAUUUUAAGACCAAGAUUCCCAAAAGCGGUCUAUUCUUACCGUACCAUAAACUGGUCCAGGUGAAUGCCUCUCCAUUGAGGCCUGUGUCACAGGCUUCUGUGCUGAACUCCCCGAAUAAAGAUACCGACGAUCAUGAUCAAAGGAUCAAUGAGCUUACGGAGCAGAAUAGGCUAUACAAGCAGCAGUUACAAGAACGAAAUCGCAUUUUGGAGGAGCUGCAAACAACAGUGGACACAUUUGAGGCCAUUCUCACCGAAAACCAGAAUGAGCUCAAGAUGAAAGAUGCGAGGUUCGAGAGAUUCAAGACUAAUACCGAUACCCAGAUUAAGGAAUUGAUCGCGGCUGUGGAGACGCUAGAGCAACAGGCAACAGAAAAUGAGGAGAUAUAUCUACAGCGUCUGCGCGAGUUGGAAUCGAAAAAAGACGUACAACUCGAAAGUGGUGACUAUGAUAAUCUCAAGAGGAAAUACGAUGAGAUGGACACAAGAUAUCGAACUCUAGAGGCCGAACAGGCAGCUUUGAAGCAGGAGAACGCAGAGGUGCGAAAGGAGCUUGACAAGGCAAGGGAAGAGGCUAAUAGCUUGAAGCAGGAGAAAGAAGAGACGGCCAAAGCUUUGGCGGAUCUGAGGAAAGCGUACAACGAGCUGCAGAAAGACCACCAGGCGCUCAUCAGAGAGAAAUCACAGCUUGUAUCCUCAAAAGACUCCGCCGAGGAGAAGUUCGAAAGGCUUGAGAACGAGCUUAAUGAGCUACAAGCCAAGUAUUCCCUCUUGAAAGAGCAGAACGAGAAAAAAACAAGCACUGUGUCCGAGCAUCUCGUGAAGGACGGAGAACUGAUUGCCACGCCUGCCGUGCACAACGAUCCUGCGGCAGGGCGGCCCAAAUGGUGUGGGCUAUGCGAGCGCGAGGGCCACGAGAGUGUCGAAUGUCCGUACGAAAAUGUCAUGUUCUAA